AUGAUAGCUCAUCACUUUCCACCACUAUCAUUCCGAAACCUUAGUCAGAGUUUAAGGGUUUCAGGAAAUGAUAUGUUCUCACAACCAAUAUUGGCCCGUAGUUUUAGUGUGUGCGACCCUGUUAACAUAGGAGUCAGGCCGAGCGAUUUUGAUAGAAAUUUCAAGUGUAUCGGAUCACCAGUCGAUGAGUAUAUUGAGGAGGAUACAAGUAAUGGAGCAUAUUUUUCACCAUUCCCAUAUGGCUAUGGUACUUAA